AAUUCUCAAAGCUCCUUGCAUAUGAAUUCCUAUAGCCAGAAAAUGUUGAGCUCCUGAUUGUGGGCGGACAGGGUAAUAAUUCCUUUGUGCUGCCUCAUGAACCCCAAUUGACAGGAGUGCCUUGGGACGGCUGGGACAGCAUGGGCUUGCCUGGGCCAGUACAAUACUAAAGCUUAGUUCUGUAAGAAAACUCCCAACAGGCCACAGAGGGUUGAGUCUGACCAGAACAUACUGGACAUUGAUUUGUGACUGAGAGUCCACUGAAGAGAGAAUCUUGUGAGCUGUUAUUGGAGCUGGGAUUGGGGGCUCCGCCGUGGCCCAUUUCCUUCAGCAACACUUUGGACCCCGGGCACAAAUUGUUGUCUACGAGAAAGGGACUGUGGGUGGCCGCCUGGCCACUAUCUCCGUCAACAAGCAGAACUACGAGAGCGGGGCAGCCUCCUUCCACUCUCUGAGCCUCCACAUGCAGGAUUUCGUCAAGCUGCUGGAUGGAGCAGCUGAGACCAGAGAGGGGAAAGAACUUGCCUGAGGGCUGAGACAGCGGCGCGAGGUGGUGGGCAGGAGCGCCAUCUUCGGCGGGGAGCACUUCGUGCUGGAGGAGACGGACUGGUACCUGCUGAAUCUCUUCCGCCUCUGGUGGUACUACGGCAUCAGCUUCCUGAGGCUGCAGAUGUGGGUGGAGGAAGUCAUGGAGAAGUUCAUGAGGAUCUACAAAUACCAGGCUCACGGUUAUGCCUUCUCGGGCGUGGAAGAACUGCUCUACUCCCUGGGGGAGGCCACCUUUGUCAACAUGACCCAGCGUUCAGUGGCCGAGUCCCUGCUCCAGGUGGGCGUCACACAGCGCUUCAUUGACGAUGUUGUCUCUGCUGUCCUACGGGCCAGCUAUGGCCAGUCAGCAUCCAUGCCUGCCUUUGCUGGAGCCAUGUCACUAGCUGGGGCUCAGGGCAACCUGUGGUCUGUGGAAGGGGGCAACAAGCUGGUUUGUUCCGGUUUGCUGAAGCUGGCCAAGGCCACCGUAAUCCAUGCCACAGUGACUUCUGUGACCCUGCACACGACAGAAGGGAAAGCCUUGUACCAAGUAGGGUAUGAGAGUGACAAGGGCAACAGCUCUGACUUCUAUGACAUCGUGGUCAUUGCUGCACCCCUGCACCUGGACAACAGCAGCCACAACAUCACCUUUGAAGGCUUCACUCCACCCAUUGAUGACAUUCAGGGCUCUUUCCAGCCCACUGUGGUCUCCCUGGUCCAUGGCUACCUCAACUCUUCCUUCUUUGGUUUCCCCGACCCUAAGCUUUUCCCCUUUGCCAACAUACUGACCACGGACUUCCCCAGCUUCUUCUGCACUCUGGACAACAUCUGCCCUGUAAACAUCUCGGCCAGCUUCCGGCGGAAGCAGCCCCAGGAGGCAGCAGUUUGGCGAGUGCAGUCCCCAAAGCCCCUCUUCCGGACCGAGCUGAAGACCCUCUUCCGUUCCUAUUACUCAGUCCAGACAGCGGAGUGGCAGGCCCACCCCCUCUACGGCUCCCGCCGCAACCUCCCAAAGUUUGCACUUCAUGACCAGCUCUUCUACCUCAAUGCCUUAGAGUGGGCGGCCAGCUCCGUGGAGGUGAUGGCUGUAGCUGCUAAGAAUGUGGCCUUGUUGGCUUACAACCGCUGGUACCAGGACCUGGACAAGAUUGACCAGAAGGACUUAAUCCAUAAGGUCAAGACUGAACUGUGAGGGCUCCAGGGAGAGCCCAGGAACUCAGUACCACACUGAAGAUGGAGCCCACCCCAGCAGUGCAGAACUGAGUAGGCCACAUGCAUGGGCUGCAACGCUGUAUCUGUAUUGGUACUGAGCAGGUUCCCCUGUGUGGGUCCAGGUGACUGUCUGCCGAUCUAAGGAUCCUCCUAGAGGCUGCCUUUUUGUUUUAUUUUGUUUUUCUAAGGAAGAGAUUAAGAAAAGGGAAGCAAAUCCAAGCCAGUGUUUGGGGAUUUUUGUUUGUUUGCGGGGAGGGGGGGGCUAUUUUAUUUGUUACUGUUUUUCAAGAAGAAAUAAAAAUUCAUCCUCCAAGCCA